AUGCCUUAUGGUCCAGGCAUCUCACCACCUCUGAAGGGAAUCAAGAUCCUCGACAUGACACGCGUAUUGGCAGGACCAACCGCGACUAUGCUUCUAGCGGACUUGGGUGCCGACGUGAUCAAGGUUGAAGAAGUGACGAGGGGUGACGACACUCGUGCAUGGAACCCACCCUCCGCACCAACACUCCCAACAGCCCCAAAGGAAACCUCGCACCUCCCGCCUGAAUCUGCAUAUUUCCUAGCUGUGAACAGGAAUAAGCGCUCGAUAACUGUCAACUUUAAGGAGCCUGAAGGCUUGGAGAUCUUGCACAAACUCGUGAAACAGUCGGAUGUCCUGGUGGAGAACUUUGUGACCGGCAAACUGGCGAGCAUGGGCCUGGGUUGGGAGACGUGUCACGAGCUCAAUCCUAGAUUGAUAUACGCGUCUAUUACCGGAUAUGGUCAGACAGGUCCCUAUAAGGGCGCUGCAGGGUACGACGUGAUUGUCGAGGCUGAAGCCGGCCUCAUGCAUAUCACCGGAGAACCUGAUGGACCUCCCUGUAAAGUCGGUGUGGCGGCAACUGACAUCGCAACAGGGUUGUACGCACACGGAGCUAUUAUGGCGGCCUUGCUAUCACGACAACAGACCGGAAAGGGUGUCUGGAUUGAUUGUAAUCUAUUUGAGACACAGAUUGCAGGGUUGGCCAACAUCGCCUCAAACUAUUUGGUUGCAGGGAAAGAAGCUUCCCGACAUGGAACGGCCCAUCCAUCGAUCGUGCCAUACCAAGUGUUCCCUUGCAGGGACGGCUUCUUGAUGAUUGGCGCUGGGAACAACAAGCAGUUCAAAACACUGGCAGAGAAGAUACUCAAGAACCCCACGUUGGCGACUGACCCGAGGUUUUCGACAAACGAUGCACGGGUCGCCAAUCGGACGGAACUUGUGAAGAUCAUCAGCGAGGCGCUGAUGGAGGAAGAUAGAGAACACUGGUUGCAGCAAUUCAAAGGGUUGGGAGUUCCAUUUGGCCCGAUCAACAACAUUCAGCAGACGUUCGAACAUCCGCAGGCAAUCGCACGCCAGGUUACCGUUGAGGUUGAGCACGGUCGAUCAGGCAAGUUGAAGCUGGUGGCUCCUGCAGUCGCGUACAACGGACAGAAGAUGCCAGUCCGGCUACCACCGCCCUGGCUUUCGGAGCACACAACCGAGGUUAUGGAGGAACUUGGAUACAGUAGAGAAGAGAUUAGUAGACUUCGUUCUCGCGCAAUUAUCUGA